AUGGAGCUCUUUCCGACAGAGUUCCCCCAGGGAGAGGAGAACAUCCAGCCCAAUGAGGCUGAGGCUGUCCACACCCCAGUCCACGACUCGCCGCAGCUCGAGCAUCCCAUCGCGAACGUGUCGGCGGCAAGCCUCCCUCCCGAUUCUGGCGCAGGCACUCCAGAACAAGAUCUUCCAUUGCGGGGGAAAGCGGCGACUCAUGGAUUGACUGCGGAGGAGAAGAAGGAGCGCCAAAAGCAGCAGAACCGCCGUGCAGCUGAGCGCAGCCGGAACAAGAAGCGGGAAGAAGUAACGGCCCUAGAGAUGACAGUCAACAACAUUCAGGAAGAGAACAACCGCCUUCGAGCGCGCCUUGCGGCCUUAGUGUCGGUCAAGCCCGACGCCACACCGCCAGAUGCCGUGAGCGUUUCGUCUUCUAGCAUCGACGUUGCGACCAUAUCUCGACUCCAAGGAGAGCUUGCAGCUUGCAAGGCUACACUCCUGGACCGGGAGCUCGAGCUGGGCCACCUGAACACCCCUGCGGCCGAUAUUCAGGCUGGUGCCGACGAGACUCGGCGCACACUCGUGUCGCGCACUGCAACCCUCCAAGAGGCACAGUCCGAGGUCCGAGCCUUGAACACGGUCAUCAACGAGCUUCGAACUGAGCAUGACAAUUUGAACCGUCGACGUGAAAUCGUGACUCGCGAACUGGAACUGCGGCGAUCCCUUCAAGGCUCACCUGGAGAAGCUACGGCCCUGUCUGCCGACCACUCUCGGGCGAGCGGUGUCGAGCGCACGCUCCUCGAGCUUCGGGGCCUGGUGGAUGGUGUCAUCAAGACUUGGGAGCAGAGCUCGAUGAUCCCCAGUCGCCCAGAGGAUCCGAACACGAGAUCCGUCGAAGCCACGGACGCUGACAGCUAG